CGGGAAUUUCCCGGAGUAAUACAACUGUAAUUAUUUUUCUUUGAGCUUUCGAUUCGCUUUCCGUUGACUCGAGGGGGUUUUCUGGGAAUUUCCCCAACUUAUAACACGGAACAAAUGAGGCUUUGCUUCCAAAAAACUAUUUAAUUUGGUUUACAAAACGUUUGCCGACAUCUGCAUGUACAUUGGAAGAUCUCCUAUCAGGCAGACUCAAGGUAUGAAUUAUGUUUUCCUUACGUCCUCGUGCCUCUCAGUUUUGAACAUCAUAAACUUGGUUGGAAAUUUUCCCAAGAUAUAACACGAAAGAAACAAGAUAUCAUUUCUAAAAAGCUACUUAAACUUGUUUAUAAAGCAUUUACCGACGUCUCCCUAUACACUGUAUAAGGCACAUGUAAGGUAUAAAUCAAUCAUUUUAUACGAGGAAAAACAUGAGACGAAGACACGCACUGUAACUUUGAGCGAUUGUCGCGAAGAGAUAACGUUUUGAGUCAGAUGGAGAAUUCUCAUGUUAUUUAAGGCUACUUGAGACUCAUCUUUUGCAAGACAUGCUUUAGUAAGUAAAAUCCUGACAACUUUUGCUUGUUCAGUUCCUGAUAUGUUGACGGCAGGUAAAGUAAGUCGUCGUAACUUUUCCAAAUUACUUGUUCGAUUUCUGCGAAUCUGAACAUUCAUUUACACGUGAAAGCUCGUCGCCAACCUUGCCAAGACCGAUCUCAAAGUGCUCGACCAAAUUUUGCGAAUCUAAUCGUUGAUUGAUAAACAAACUUUGUUUUCACGUUGCUGCUUUCGGGCCCUCUCUCCUCCGUAGAGGCCCCACAGGGUACCCCAAUAAAAAUGGCAAAUCGAAAAUUAGCAGCCGCGCGGGGGACGAUGGGAAAGAGGGAAAAGACCUUGCUUCCUCUCUUUUCUAUUCCCAUCGUACCCUGCACGCUUACUUCUUACCUCUCCCCACUUCCCUACAACACUAAGAGGCCUCUGCGCAGCCUGACACAAUCCCGCCGCUGAAACGAUUCUUCAAACCCAGACAGUCCACAGAACUUGCGGAAACGAGUUUUGUCUUACAGGCAAUAGCCCUUUGUCACGCGGUGGCCAUUUUGUCUCAAGUGAUGUAAAAACCUUUGUUUGUGCACGGCUAGCCUCGUUCUCUCUACGAGCCUAGCCGUCCACAAACGAAACUUUUUAAAUCUCCUGAGGCAAAAUAACCGUCGCGUGACAAAGGUCUGUACAGGUGUCUAACAUGAUGAUUGACAUAGAAUGGUGACUGACAAUCCUUCGGUUUUUAUUGGAAUCGUCGGUUGCUUUCCAUUAGACCAAAACUUCCGAAAAUUUGGAAACGGUGGCGAAUGGUACUGAAAUUUCCCGUGAAAAUUUCCAGAAAUUUCGGGAACUGUUGAAUUUCUGAGAUGCGAAACAUUCAACCGAGAGUCCUGAAAAUUCCGUGAGCAGAGUUGAAUGGAAAGAAAACUUUUCGAAAAUUUGGGUAUACCACGCGAGGUUGUCCGGCUUUGUGGAAAUUCCUAAAAAUACAGUUCCAUUCGAUACUCGAAGUUGUCGAAACUUCAAAAAACCGGAAGUUUUGGUUGAAUGGAAAGCGCCCGCUAUUUUCAGAAAAAUUCCCAACGAUGAUGUCAUGUCAGAUGUUUCGCUUUCAAUUUCGAAUAUCUGUCUCUGUAGGUUACGCUAAAUAUAUCGCCCAGACCCUUAUCCCAUCGCCAACGCGUUUCAAGGUUCAGCAAAUGGGAGGCAUAUUAUCGUAUUUCUCUUCCAAAGGCGAUGAUUCAAAAGAAAAGGACAGCUCGACAGUUCAGGUAAGACGUCGACAUAGCACUUUUGUACUGAAUUAAAUCAAAAUAGCUUUACAAAACUGUCGGUUUCAGGUCAGUUAGUUUAACGUCCAUUACAUUUCAUAAUAUAUUGUACUGUUACAAAAGCGCCGACAAAUAAUCAAUUGAGGCGCAAAUUGGAAUAUCAAAGUUAAUUUUUGAAGCCAUUUUUUCUUUUAUUUAUAUCUUAUGAAGUUUCAGCAAACACAGCCAACUGCAUUUUUUUUUUAUUUUAUCAUUCCAAGACCGAAAGCCCAUCUUUAUGCAAGAACGCGUCGGUCGAAAAUGAAUAAUAACAUAAACUCAUCAAGAAUUUUUCGUUUGUCCCGUUGUUUGGGUUGAUUUUAUUUGAGUUUGCAAGGAACAGACGUAAAUCUAAAGUGCAAUAUAUAAGACCGACAAACAGUCAACCAAUGAAGUGCGUUGGUGAGGAGAGACGGGCGUAGGGUCACUUGAUGACCAAAUUUUCUCGGAUGGGCAGAUUACCACAUUUUCUUAGGUAUGGGGAUACGCUUACGCUCGCCUCGUGCGCGCGUGGAGCUCCGCUAUUGGAAGUAUGCAAAGGAAAAAGUUAUAAUACUGUGUAUCCACAAAGCCUACAUGCAUAGACAAAACAGCUCUAUUUUUGGUCAGUAAUCAGAGUUGAGAAGCAAGGCUGGCUAUACAACUAGGAGAGAAAUGUGUAUCUGCUUCAAUAUUUGGUGUGGCAUGGCCCGAUUCUUCAGGGGAAAGGUCUCAUUUUUUAUUUCAAGCGUUUAGUUUGGAGUGUUAUAUUGCGAGUUGCCAUUUACCCUUUUUAAACUGUAAGAACUUAGCAACAGGCCUCAGUAAACAUAGUAAUCCACACUGCUUCCCCCAAGUUCAGAAAUCCUGGAUCGUCUCCUUCUUAUGUAACUGAUGGUGGGGGGAAAAAACUGAAUUCAGGUGAAAAUUUUUCAUCCUGGGCGGAUGAACAACAGUAACUAUUCAUGAUCAUGAAUAAUUAGAAGGGUUAAAAGCAAAUUGGGAAUCAACCUAGGUUGAAAUUAUUUUAACCUGAUGUUCACUUUGACCAUCACAUACACGCUUUAUAAAACCUGGUGUUUUAAUUUUUUUCUACUUGGACAAUUCUAUGUGAAAUUUCUAUAUUUUGUUUUCAGGACGAUGCUGCCGAGAGUGGCAGUGACUGUGGAAAUGUAAGUAGACAGGAGGCAUGUAAGGGGGUGUUUACAUGAGAAAACUCGCACCGGCGCGAGUUUCAUACCAAGAUGACUUUUUGAUUUCGUAUCGCGUUUACAUGAUGCUGGGCCAUUUCAUAUCCCGUUAUUUAAAGGUACACUUCAUGUUAAUAAAAUACACCUCUGAUUCAAAAUCGGAAACAUCAUGCAUGCGCUACCCGCUCCAGUCUGCCGGCAGACCGAUUUCACACCAAAACGGGUGGUCGUUUCGCGUUUACAUGAUACCGUUGCGAGAUUUCGUACCGGAGUGAAAUUCUCGCCCCGGUACAAGAACAGGGGUGAACUCACGCCGGCAUAAAAUUUUGUGGUGGUAUCAUGUAAACAAAUAUAGAGCCAUGAGAGGGAACCGGAUUGAACUCGCUCCGGGGCGAAAGUCGCCCCGGUGUCAUGUAAACACCCCCUAAGAGGUGUUCCUCUCCAGUCUCUUUGUAGUUGAAUAGCGAGAAGUAAUUACGUCACGUUGCCAUGGUAACAAAAUUUUUGGAUGCCAACAAACUGAAAAUUAACUUAAAAAGUGAAUUUGCACUGUUUCAAAAUUCAUCGAUCUUAUUCAAUUCCAUUUAAUUUGUCAAAUGUUGACGAAAUUUUUGGGGGUUGAAUCCGAAAGACGGUAUUUAAGUUUAGAAAAAGAAAAAUAAAAUUUUGUGACGUGCUCACCUACUCCUUAAAGCGGGCGGUUGAAAUUAGGAAGUUCCAUGUCGCAAUCGUGCAACGACGGCUGACAAAUGUACAAAAAAGCGGGAGGUUUUAAGGGUUUGGCAAGAAGACUAACUUUCUUUCCAGCAAACACAUCUGCCCCUAUGAAGCAGAUAUGCGAAAGGCCUCCCGUGAGCGUCAUUGCUUUGUCUGGAAUUGGGUAUGGUUUUCGAGGAAACAACGGGAGUGUACGAACGUAUCUGUCGUUUCUAUUUCAAAUGAAAAAGAAGGAAAGAGAGAUAUGCGAAACUGAAAUGCAUUUUAAGAGAUCUUUUUGUUCGCGUUCUAAUCUAAGUAGAUGACAUAAUUUCUGCAAAGAAAGGGGAAGACCAGGUCUGAAAAUGGGUAUGGACUUUAGACGGGUAUACAUUUUGCCCUUUUUAGUCUGGAAUUGCGUAGGGUUUUCGAGGGAACUACGAGAGUGUAUGAACGUAUUUGCCGUUUCCAUUCCAAAUGAAUAAGAAAGAAAGAGAAAUAUGCGAAUUUGAAAUGAAUUUUAAGAAGUAUUUUGUUUGCGGUCGAAUCUAAGUAGAUGACAUAAUUUCUGCGAAGAAAGAGGAAGGCCAGGUCUCAAAACGGGUGUGGAAAGUGACCCUUUUCAGUCUGAUAUAGGGUCAGGAUUUGAAGAACCGGGCGGCACACCCCUACCAAGAAUUUCCAGGAGUACCCUCGGCCACUACUACUAUUAGAGGUUCACUAAUUACUGAGAACUGUUUGAAAUUCUUUGCUUUUUUUUUUAGAAAGAGAUAGAUCGUGUUGGUGUAAGCUAUCUGGGGGAAAUAAAGACAAAUGACGCGGAAGUGAAGAACAAGGCGCUGGAUAAGGUCAAAGCUGGGCUCUACAGUGUCAAAGUAUCUCAGUUUGACGCGACUCAGCUCCAGAGAGAAAUUGAAGGGGAGUUAUUCGACAAAUGGCACGAAGGGUGCGAGGUACGUAGAUGGUGCAACUUCUAACAUGUAAUUUUAUAAUCAAGAAAUUGUUGAUGGAAUAAUUUAUAGUAUGAUUGGAAAGUUUAUUUAAAUGGCAAGAAGUACGGCAUAUGACCGUAGAAAUUCUUUGGUGUUCCUGAAAGAGGGCGGAGGAGACUGAUUGUAGGACGGUGGUAUGACUUAAACCUUUAAGCCCUAAGAGUGAUCAGCAUCAAAUUUCUCCUUGUAAUAUCAAUGCUUUGUAAAACAAAGUGGUUAUGAGAAUUACGGACAUGAUCACACAAGAUGAAUUUGCAUGAUAUUUUAUCAACUUCUCCCCACUACUUCUGUAGGAAAUGAAUAGGGGCAACAAAUGAGAAUUCAAAUUUUGAUCUUAGGGUUUAAAGGGUUAAAGACAAUGGUAUGACCGUUGAUGUUAGGUAUCACUGCUGGAAGAGGCUGUGAUUGCAGGAGGUGGUGUGCAUGUGACUCUAAGGGAAUGGAAUUACGGCACGAGGAAGCUCUGAGGCCAGGAAUGUGGUAUUACUGUAAAAGAGAGGUAUCACCGUAGAGGAAUGGUGUUAAUGCAGGAAGUUGCUAUAGUGUUACCACGAAGAAAUGUUAAAAUUCCAGUAAGUUGUUUAUGAUCAUGACAUGCACUGCAUGAACUUGAGAUGGUGUUUUAAGGAACUCGUUGUUAGCUCAAGGACAAAGUUAGACUACACAGAAAUCAUUUUUUGUUGGAAGAUUGUGUGAUUAUGGAUAACAUUAUGCUGACGCAACUGGAAAUAUAUGCUGGGAAUUAGAUGGAACCUAUUUUUGCUGUAAAGGGACUUUGACAGCGAAACAACUCCUGCAUUAGUAGUUUAUUUUAGUCAGUUCGAUUCAGAAAGAUAUUUUUUACGCGAUGGACUCCAGAAAAAUCGCAGCCAUCAACCUUAACCUGUCGAGCGUGUGCAAAUUACCUGGUAUUUUUUUAUCAAUUAGGUAAUGGAAGCCAAAGGUAUUGCCAUUGAGAGUGUCCAAAGCUUCUUGGAUCAUCUCCAGGACGCUUAUGAGGGUAUUGAUGAAGAGAUGAGGAAGAAAAUGAACGGAAUCGAGUGGGCAGGUGAAUGGGCAUAUAAGGUAAUGGAGUUUAAAUACAACGCGUCAAGUGAUUCUAGUGCCAGGUACGGAAUGAUAGCGUUUGGAAAAUCCAAAGAUGGAAAGUUUGUAGACUGCAUGUACUGCCUCUACAAGCUAGAUUUUAAAGUUGCCCCUGAGAGAAUCAUCACCACAAAACAUCAUUCAAGCUUCUGGGGUCUGAUAAAAUGGCAAACUGUGGAAGAGAAAGAACAGGAAAGAGUGCUCGGGGUGAAGCCGCUGAAACGCAUCCAAAAUUUCUUCCGCUUUAAGGCCCUGGAAGGCUUUUACAAAGAAGGCCUAAUCGACGAAAUUAAUGUGGUGCCAUCUAUUGAAGAUCUGCCGGAUGACAAGUAGAACAAACGUUUUUGAGCAGAACUUUGUGCUUUCUAAUUUCCUUUUCAGUUUUAAUUUGCCAGGGGUUUAUAACGAAGGUCAUUUGCAGGAAUUAUCAAAUUGAUGGUGACAAAUUAAUGGUAGAUAGAUAGGUCUUAUUGAUGAGGUAAACGUGGUCCCUUCUCUUGAAGAUGUCUUAGAAAACGAUGCGUGAAACUAGCAUGACAAAACUUAGUAGCUGCCGUAUUUUAACAGAUACUCAGGUAUGGAAUUAAAGAUAACACGAUUGGCCUGAAAUGAGAUUUGAGAAAUAAUUUUUGAGAAUAUAAGCUUGCUGCGCUGAUUAUAGACUGCAAAAUAUAUACACCAACAGCUUUGGUAAAAAAUGUUGCUGGUAAAGGAAUAACGAUUAACUGAUAUUAUUUUGAGUUAAAGUGAAAUCAUUUAAUGACUUUGUUGUGCUUCAUUUACUUUAAUGCAUUUUGUGAAUUUUCCAUUUCUGAAGAGCGCUACCAAUCUGCAACCGUUUUGGUCGCCUUG